AUGAAAGCGAUGGAUGAAGAAGAAUAUUUUACACCAGCAUUUGGCAAAGCGUUAACAUCGCAUGUUCGUAUACCGGUUGAAUCACAAUUUGCUUUAAUAUUUUCAUCUGAUCCUGGUACUGUAUCCUUUGCUAGUGGUUCUACAACCAGUGGAAACAGUUUUUUUACAUCAGCAUUGUUAAAUCAUGUGUCACAACAAAAUUUGCGGCUUGAAGAUAUGAUGGGGCAAGUUACGCGAGAAAUAUUACAAAAGUCAAGGAAGAGACAACGACCAUGGCUUCAUUCAUGUCUAAUCGAACCAUUUUAUUUCAAUAUAGGUUUGUAAUGAAGACAUUUGUUUUCGGGUUUCUCCUUUCGCUUUCUACGAUAGAAAAAUUCAUAGCAGACUGACUAUGCUCUAUAAGUUUGCGUUUUGAGAAAUAUUUUGAUGAUUGUGAAAGUUCUAGAAAAUAAUUACCAAGCCUGAACUGGCUCGCGUUUUAUAUCAAUUUGAUAGGCUGUUCAUUCAAGACACCUUAUGCCAUAUGAUUUUCGUAUUCAUUCGUCAUUCUUUGAGAGUGUCACAGAAAAAUGACCAGUCGAAGAAUUCGGGGUGACCAUUAAAGGUGUUUGUGAAUAAAAUUAUUCUUUUCGUUUUACUUACAGUCGC